AUGGCCGCCGCCGGCCUCCUCCAGCUGCGGCUGCUGCUCCUCGCCGUGCUCGCGGUCACCGCUGCGGCCGGCGGAGUGGGGAGGGCGCCGGCGCUGUUCGUGUUCGGGGACUCGCUUAUCGACAGCGGCAACAACAACUACCUGGCGUCGCUUGCCAAGGCCAACUACUUCCCCUACGGCAUCGACUUCGCCGACGGCCCCACCGGCCGCUUCUGCAACGGAUACACCAUCGUCGACGAGCUCGCUGAGCUGCUUGGGCUACCCCUAGUGCCACCCUACUCAGAAGCCUCAUCCGUGCAGCAAGUCCUGCAGGGCACCAACUACGCCUCUGCCGCCGCUGGGAUCCUCGACGACAGUGGCGGCAACUUUGUUGGAAGGAUCCCAUUCAACCAGCAGAUCCAGAACUUCGAGUCAACAGUGGCACAGAUCACCAGCGCAGUGGGCGCAUCAGCGGCAACGGACUUGGUGUCACGCUCCAUCCUGUUCGUGGGGAUGGGCAGCAACGACUACCUCAACAACUACCUGAUGCCCAACUACGACACGCGGCGCCGGUACAGCCCGCAGCAGUUCGCCGACCUCCUGGCCCGGCAGCUCGCCGCGCAGCUCACCAGGCUGUACAACGCCGGCGGCCGGAGGUUCGUGGUGGCCGGCGUGGGGUCGAUGGGGUGCAUCCCGAGCGUGCUGGCGCAGAGCGUCGCGGGGCGGUGCUCGCAGGAGGUGGACGACCUCGUGCUGCCCUUCAACGCCAACGUGCGGGCAUUGCUCGACGGCCUCAACGCCGGCGGCGGCGCUGCUGGUGGUGGUCUCCCUGGUGCCCGGCUCACGUACCUCGACAACUUCCGGAUUUUCAGGGCCAUCCUCGGCGACCCGGCUGCGUUCGGGUUCAGCGUCGUCGACCGCGGCUGCUGCGGCAUCGGCAGGAACCGUGGGCAGGUCACCUGCUUGCCCUUCAUGCCGCCGUGCGACGACAGGGAGCGCUAUGUGUUCUGGGAUGCCUACCACCCCACGGCGGCCGUCAACGUCAUCAUUGCCAGGCUGGCGUUCCAUGGUGGCGCGGACGUCGUCUCGCCCGUCAACGUCCGGCAGCUCGCCGGCCUCUGA